GUCAGUACUAUUACUGAGGGUUUCUUAAGAGAGCAUUUAUUUGGGGAUGAAAGUAAUGUGUUGUUUACAUAUGGUUGGUUAAAGAUCACUGCAGCCAACGGUUUAGAUAUUCCCUACUUAGGUUACAUGGAAUUGGAUGUGGAGGUUCUGUGGAUGGCUUUACCUGAUUGUGGGUUCUUAAUUGUUAAAGAAACUCCAAAUCCAUCACCUGCAUCAGUGCUCAUCGGCAUGAACAUUAUUAGUAAAUGCCGACAGAUGGUAUACGCUGAAUUUGAUACCACUUUAAAUGGUCAGCUUGAUUCAAAAUGGAGGACAGCUUUCCAGCAGGCACAGUCAGUUGAGUUAGUCAAAUGGGUUUCCUUUGCUUGAGUCGCAGGUAAGACUGCGGAGCAUGUGCCUGCUUGGUCUUCAACUACAGUUAUGGUUAAAAGUGUGGAAGUAGGAAAGAGGAAUGGUUCUAUAUGGUUAUUAGAAUCAGCGAAUACGCCUUUACCAGAAGGUUUGGUUGUAGUGCCUACAUUAGUCACAUCUGAGUUACCUGUGUGCCCAGUAAGGGUGCUUAACCUGUCACAGGAAGACCUUUGGCUUCAGUCUAGGGCCCGCCUGGGAGUGUUGUCCAGGGUAGACAGCUCCAGUGCGGAUGCAUCCUGGGAGGUGAGGUUUCAGAGGAUUUCUGCAGACAGAGAGCAGGUGCAAGGUGCAAAUCACGGUUGUGAGUCUUCGGCCAAGUCGCUUUUUGACAAGGUCAGUAUAGGAUGCACGCCUGAACAGCAGGUCCAGUUGAAAGCAGUGCUGAAUAAGUAUUCAAGCGUGUUUGCUUUGGAGGACGAGGAUUUGGGUUAUACCGACAAGGUUCGACAUGAGAUACAUCUGACUGAUGACAUACCCGUGAACCAGCCAUACAGGAGAAUUCCCCCUAACCAGUAUCCGGAGGUUAAAGAGCACAUUGCUAGGUUGUUGAAGAAGGGUGUUAUUCAGGAGAGUGUCAGUGCUUAUGCCUCUCCAGUGGUGCUAGUGCACAAAGCUGAUGGCGCACUAAGGUUAUGUGUGGAUUACAGGAAUCUCAAUGCCAAAACGAGACGUGAUGCAUUUCCUUUACACAGAAUUGACGAGAGUUUUGAUGCCCUCAGCAGAUUCCCUCUCAUUCUCUGUCGGACUUUGGAACUGCCAAUCUGCCGUCAGCAAGGCAGAUUUAAUUUCUGCCUUUGCAACCCACUCCAACCUCAAUGUGCUGGCUCUGACUGAGACCUGGAUCCAUACUGAGAACACUGCCACACCCGCUGCCCUAGCCUCCAACUUCAACUUCUCCCAUACCUCGCGUCCCAACAGACGAGGGGGUGGUACAGGUCAACUGGGGAAGUUCAACGAUGAGUUUGACACGCUACUGUCCACCAUCCUGGAUGAUGGAACUCCUCUUGUGGUCCUUGGUGACUUCAGCAUUCAACUAGACAAGCCACAUGCAGCUGACUUUCUUGCGCUCCUUCCCACAUUUGACCUCAAGCUGUUUGCCACACCAGCAACUCACAAAGCCGGCAAACAGCUCGACCUCAUCCUCACACAUAACUGCACCACACACAAUCGUCUCAUUACUUCUCUUCUUCACACCUCUGACCAUUUCUUUAUCCAGUUUUCUAUUUCUCUCCACUCACCCCCCUCACUGUCUCCACCCUCUAUUUCCUUUCGUCGCAAUCUUUGCUCCCUUUCCCCCUCACACUUCUCCUCCGUUGUCACCACCUUACUUUACUCUUAUAGCCACCUCUCCUCACUGGACUUAAACACCGCAACUGACAUGCUAUGUUCCACUCUAACAUAUUCUCUUACAGCAUCUGCCCCCUAACCUCCAGACCCGAUCGCACAUCACCCUCUACCCCUUGGCUCUCAGAAGCUCUGCGUAAAAACCGGACUUAAGAGCAUCUGAAAGGAAAAUGGCGUAAAACUAACGAUCUGACUGACCAAAUCAAUUACCAAACACUUCUCUCCUCUUUUUCCAAUAGAAUCUCCACUGCUAAAGCCACAUACUACCAAGAGAAGAUUGGCAGCUCUCCCAACACCUGUACUCUCUUCAAAACCUUUUCUUCUCUUCUGUCCCACUCCUCCUCCUUCCCCUACCUCUCUCACUGCACAUGACUUUGCCACUUUCUUUUCUAACAAGGCUACAUCAAUCAGGAACCAGUUCUCAACCCCAGACAUGCAUAGACUAUCUCCUCCUCCAUGUAACUCCCAACUGGUCUCCUUCUCUCCCCUCUCAGAGACUGAUAUCUCAAAACCCCUCCUCUCCAGCUGUCCCACAAUCUGUCCUUUUGACCCUAUCCCUUCUCACCUUCUUCAGUCCAUAUCUCCCACACUACUACCUGCACUCACACACAUCUUUAACACAUCUCUCUCUACUGGCAGAUACACUACCUGGUCUCUACUCUGGCCCAGCCAGAGCCCAGAAUUGAACAUCUCUGGAGAGAUCUGAAAAUGACUGUACACAGACGCUCCCCAACCAACCUGAUGGAGCCUGAGAGGUGAAAGAAGAAUGGGAGAAACUGCCCGAAAAUAGGUGUGCCAAGCUUGUAGCAUCAUACUCAAAAAGACUUGAGGCUGUAAUCGGUGCCAAAGGUGCUUCAACAAAGUAUUGAGCAAAGGCUGUGAAUACUUAUGUAUAUGUGCUUUUUUUGUUUUUCAUUUUUAAUAAAUUUGCAAAAAUUUCAAACAAUCUUCUUUCACGUUGUCAUUAAUUAGGUAUUGUUUGUAGAAUUUUGAGGAAAAUAAUGAAUUUAAUCCAUUUUGGAAUAAGGCUGUAACAUAACAAAAUGUGGAAAAAGUGAAGCGCUGUGAAUACUUUCCGGAUGCACUGUAUUUCUGAAACUCAGCAACUCACAACUGGGGUUCCUCAGGGGUCAGUUCUCGGUCCACUGCUCUUUUCUAUUUACACUACAUCUUUGGGGCAGGUGAUUGAGUGUCAUGACUUCUCAUACCAUUGCUAUGCUGGUGACAGCCAGCUCUAUUUGUCCUUCCAGCCUGACGAUCCAUCCGUCUCUGUACGAAUCUCUGCUUGCCUGUUGGACAUUUUGGUCUGGAUGAAGGAACACCACCUUAAGCUCAACUUGGCAAAAUCUGUGCUUCUCGUCAUCCCAGCCUGUCCCUCAAUCAACCAGAGCCUCACUGUACAGCUCGGCUCAACCACACUCAAGCCAACCAGGACAGCCAGGAACCUUUGGGUGAUUCUUGAUGACGGCUUGACCUUUACUGACCACAUUUCAACAAUUGCACAGCCCUGUAGGUUCAUUCUGUACAACAUCAAGAAAAUCAGACCCUAUCUCACCGAACAGGCUACACAACUACUAGUCCAGGCUCUUGUUAUCUCAAAACUGGACUACUGCAACUCACUACUCUCGGGCAUCCCAGCCAGCUCCAUCAAACCCUUUCAAAUGAUUCAGAAUGCAGUAGCAUGCCUCGUCUUCAACCAGCCCAAGAGAACCCAUGUCACACACCUCUUCAUCUCUCUUCAUCUCCCUUCAUUGGAUUCCUGUAGCCGCCCAUAUCAAAGGACUUGAUGGACAUCAAGGACUUGAUGCUCACGUAGCAGACCUUGUCUGGAUCACCCUGCUACCUUAACACUCUCCUGAAGGCUUACGUUCCCUCACGCAAUCUGUGAUCAACCAACGACCGACGCUUAGUAGUACCUACUCAGCGUGGCUCAAGGUCCCUUUCAAGAACCUUCAAACUAUCUGCUCCUCAGUGGUGGAAUCAACUUCCAACCUCAAUUCAGACCGCAGAAUCUGUCACCAUCUUCAAGAAACAGCUAAAGACCCACCUCUUCUGUGAACACAUAACUAACCCUUAUUGAAAAGAAAGAAGAAAAAAACUUACUCUGGCACUUACACUUCUACUCUGCGCACUUUGCUUCUUCUAGAACUCAAUUAAA